GCCUUAACAAUAAUUUAGCCAGAACCCCGAUUCCCUCGAUGAAAUAGCACACUGCGGCAACAUUUCCUUCUCCGAUCGAUCGUUGAUUCUAAGGCUCUGAAGAAAAGAAUUUCUGGCAAAACAACUGCGAAAAUGAAUUCGGCCGACGCCAAUCAAGCCAACGAAAGCUUUAUGAUCUCUGAACAGUCAUCAGAGAGAACAUUGUACCCUUAUGUUACUGGUACAUCUGUUAUUGGUAUGAAAUACAAAGAUGGUAUUAUCAUGGCAGCUGAUAUGGGAGGUUCCUAUGGAUCCACACUGCGGUAUAAGGGUGUUGAACGAUUGAAGUCUGUUGGGAAACAUUCCAUCAUUGGUGCUAGUGGAGAGAUCAGUGAUUUCCAGGACAUUAUGCGUAAUCUUGAUGAUCUUAUACUCUAUGACAACAUGUGGGAUGACGGAAACUCACUUGGGCCUAAGGAAGUGCACAACUAUUUGACUCGAUUGAUGUACAAUCGUCGUAACAAAUUCAACCCAUUGUGGAAUUCCCUCAUACUUGGUGGAGUGAAAAAUGGAAACAAAUACCUUGGAACAGUCAGUAUGAUUGGCGUCCAAUAUUCUGACGACCAUGUCGCCACUGGGUUUGGAAAUCAUUUGGCUAGACCAAUCCUUCGAGAUGAAUGGCGUGAGGACUUAAGUUUCAAGGAUGCUGUUAAGCUGCUGGAGAAGUGCAUGCGUGUGCUUCUCUACCGUGAUAGGUCUGCUAUUAACAAACUCCAGAUGGCUUGGAUAACAGAAGAAGAAGGGUUAACUGUUUCACCCCCAUAUUCAUUGAAGACAUUCUGGGAUUUUGCGUCUUUCCACAACCCAACUGCAGGAGCAGAUGGUUCAUGGUAAUAAACAAUCAAUCAAUCAGCUGCUAGUUGUUCUCGUUUGUUUGUUUCUUCAUUAUCUGUUGGAUUUUAAACAAAUAUACAAAAGCUCGUCCUUUCCUGUGCGCGGCUCUCAUGUACUACUAUUUAAGACUUGUGAAUGCUGUUUUUCAUGUUUUAGACAUUGUUGUUCUUCAUUUUAGGAAUAAUUUUCUUUUUUUUAAA